AUGAAGAAUGAUAGAGAGAAAAGAGUGAUGGACUUCAACCAGUCAAUGCACUUUUCAUCCACUUCAAGACAACCUUUGCAUUUGCACAAUUUUAUGUCCAUACCAUCAUCUGCUGCACCAACUAACAAUCAGAGAGAAGAGAGCAGAAACACAAGUUUUAUGAAAGAAUUGGAGCACAGAAUGCAAAAGUUUUGGAAGGAGCAAAUGGCUGAAGUAUACGACUCCCCAAGUGUAAUGAAAUCAGAUGAACAAGUGAAGAUGAUUAGUGCUGAUACGCCAGUGGUAUUUGCUAAAGCUUGUGAAAUGUUCAUUAUGGAGUUAUCAAUGCGUGCUUGGAUGCACACUCAGGAAAACCGGCGCCGUACCCUCCAACCCUUUGAUAAUCAUCCUGGAGUUUAUGUUCCGGCCCCUGUUCGAGGAACCCCUGCUUAUCCAGUCUAUCAUCCGAUUAUGAAUAUGCAAAGCAUGAAUCAAGAUGAGGUGGCUCCAGAAGGUCCUCCACGAGCAACUAAUCACCGUUCGGCAUUCCCCAUGAAUUUUAGCUAUAACAUGAAUAAUCGUGGAGCUUCUAUCGCCAUCCGGAGAAGCACAUUGGAGCCUCCAGUUGAAGAC